AUGAUCGGAGACUUUAACCUGCCAUCUGUUAAAUGGUCGAGUUAUGAAAAUGUUCCUGUGAAUACCGGAGGGUCCAAUGAGAAUGAAGCAUUUUGCGAAAUGGUGGACGACAACUUCCUUCAACAGUUUAUAUCUGGUCCCAUCCACAUCGCUGGUAAUAAACUCGACCUUUUGCUAUGUAAUUCUCCAGAAAUCAUCGGUGACGUUUCUGCAUUCCUUCCUGAAUGUUUCCCAACAGAUCAUUACGUCGUGGAAAUUGAUGUUCAACUGAAGUUUAAAAGAGCUAAGCCAGUUAAACGCCGAGUUUUUGACUACAGGAACGGUAAAUUUGAUGAGUUGCGCAAUUUCCUCACGAGAAAUCCCAUUAAUAUUACUCCCACCGAUGAUAUUGAUAACUACACAGCCAGAAAUCUCACAGGCCUGUCGCAAGCUGUUGAUUUUACCGGCUUGCGGCAAGUUGUCAACAAGUCGCGACAGGUCUGUUGGUUUCGUCAGGCGGUAACAGGCUUGCGGGAACAGGUCUGUCGCAAGCUGCUGACAACAGAGCCGUAGCGACUUGUUGAAACAACCCGCUACAAACCUGUUACUAACAAGAGUAAUAUCAUGAUUGCGGGUAUUCCCUUUGUUCUCGCAGGGCAAUUAAUGACUAAUACACCUCAUUAUAUUCAUUUUUUCUAAUCCUACCCGCUUUUACGUCAUGUCAGGUAGAAUUAGUUGUAAUCCUACCCGAAACGACGUCAAAGCGGGUACGAUUAGAAAAAAUGAAUAUAUCUGAAAUCGCCAAAACUAAACAAAGACAUGGAAAACAAUUAUACCAUUUAAUUUAUACCAUUAUUUAUUGUUAAUUGGUUUUUAAUGGCCCUGCGAGAACAACGGGAAUACCCGCAAUCUAUGAUAUUACAAGGUAAUAGCAUAGAAAGAGGCGAAUUAGCUAUUGAAAACGUCCCGCCCGAUGAGGGUCGUUUAGUAAAAUUCCCUUGGGCGCCGCUCCCUCGGGAAUUUUACUAAAUGACCCUCAUCGAGCGGCGCCCAAGGGAAUUUUACUAAACGACCCUCAUCGGGCGGGACGUUUUAAUAGCUAAUUCGCCUCUUUCUAUGCUAUUACUUAUAAAUAACAGGUCUGAUAGAACAACUUGCAGCAAGUCUGUUGAAAUCAACAUGUCUGUUCCAACUUGUUCCAACAGACCUGUCGCGAGUUGUUUUUGUCAAGUCUGCAGCAAGCUUGUUACCAGACCUGCGACAGACCUGUCCACAACAAACAAUUUUUGUCCUGUCAGAACAAGUUUCAACAUGCCUGUUGUUGGGAAACAAAUCGGAAAUGUGAGUAAAGAGAAAAAUCGCACGAAAUCGACACGUCCGGCUUCACUUUCUCAUUCAAGGCAAUAUUAAAUCACAUGCAGAGGAGAUGAGGCUAUGUGCACACGGUAACGUUUUCGAGCGUUUCCACGCUAAAACGGAUGCAAACACUAUCAAUUUACAACAGAAGCUGUAGUUUAUUUAAUAUAUUGGAGAUAUAUUUUCCUUUGGAUCGUGUGAACAGGGUGUCAAAACGAUUAAAGGAAAAAAAGGUUUUGAAAACGCUGGAAAACGACGCCCGUGUGAACAUAUCCUAAGUAUCUACUCUGUGAUUAAAUGCAAAAGCCGCUGUUUUUAACUUUUUAUAUUUUUAAAAAAUAAUUCCGAUUUCCAAAAUCCAAAUUCCAAUUUGCUGACGUGUGCUAUCGUUAUAUUUCUUUAAUCUGAUUGGAUAAAGCCGUGUGCACACGUCAUCAUUCCUCGUUGCAAUUGGACGAAAUAUUACAAACAUAUCAAUCACGUAAUCAUGUUUAUAGUUGUUUUUGAAUUUUGAGCCAAACAAAAUUUCAACAACUGCCUCAAACAAAAUCAAACAAGUUCAAAGCUGUUUUGAUUUUUGAAGAAACUGUGGCAAUGAGAAUACAAGAUCUAGAGCUUAAGAAAUGAAAAAUACAUGAGCAACCGAGUGUUCACUGCAACGUUCUUCAUUGUUCAAAUGAAUAUGAAAUUCGUUAUAUACAAUGAUUUCUUUCCAAUUUCAAGUGAAAUCAGCCAGCGAGGAAGACGCCUUAUUGAAGCUUUGUGUUAUUGUAUGUACUAUUUUGAAGAAAAAUAUGCAAGUAGGUUGUCAUAUUUCGGUCGUACUUAAAGACCAAUUAAUUUUGAAAAUUGUUUACGAUAAGAACCUUUCUUGAAUUUGUCGUAUUUUUUCGGCUGUUUUGCUCAAAAAUUAUCUUGCAAGUUUGUUUAUAAGUGUUCAUAAUUAUGAAAGUCUGGCUAUUUCACGAAACACUACAACCGAAAUAUGGCAACCGGUUUGGCCGUUUUUUUGUUCAAAAUAGUGAAUACACAAGCUUCAUAAGGUCCUUUCCUCGGUUUGCAACAGGUCUGUCGCAAGUUGUUGAAAACAGCAUUGCUGCAGCUCUGUCAACAACUUGCGACAGGCCUGUUGAAAACAGGUACAAUCUUGACACAUUUGUACAAUCUUGACACAUCCAAAGCGUGUGGUCCCGACGGCAUUCCAACUCGUCUUCUGCAAGAAUGCAGCAUCCAAAUUGCACCCAGCAUUUGUGAACUAUUCAAUCAUUCGCUGCACACCGGUCAGAUCCCUUCUGAAUGGAAAUCUGCCAAUGUUACGCCUAUCCACAAGAAAGAGCGUAAAGAACCAGCCGAAAAUUAUAGACCUAUUUCUUUGCUCCCCAUCCUUGGAAAAGUUCUAGAACGUGGCGUGUGUUUCAGACUUUACGAUCAUGUCAAACAUCUCAUCACCAAAUUUCAACAUGGUUUCCUCAGACAACGUUCAUGUGUCACCCAGCUCCUAUCUGUUCUUCAUGCUAUCGGACAAUCUCUCGACAAGAACACCCAAACAGACAUCGUUUACCUAGAUUUUGCAAAGGCAUUUGACACUGUUGACCACAAUAUUCUUCUCCACAAACUUAAACAGUAUGGCGUAUAUAUCAGGACAGUUGUAUGCAUGGUUCGAAGACUAUCUGAGCGGUCGUUGUCAACGAGUUGUGGUAGAUGGAGUUGCAUCUUCCUGGGCACCUGUAACAUCUGGUGUGCCAUGCACAAGGAAGUAUCCUAGGACCUGUUCUGUUUGCGAUCUUUAUAAACGAUCUUCCAAAUGUACUACCAGACGAGACCUCGGCAGCAUUGUAUGCAGAUGACACCAAAGUGUACAAAUCAAUUAAAUCGGAAGAUGACUGUCAAAUUCUGCAACACGCCUUGACCAGCCUUGAAUGUUGGAGUCAUGAUAACAACCUAGAUUUCAACCAGUCGAAAUGUAAGGUGCUGACCAUCACACGAAAAAAGACUCCUCUUGUGCAUGUCUACCACGUGAAUUCAAAGGAACUCUUGCGUGUGGAUAAAGAGAAAGACCUUGGUGUUUGCAUCAGUGCCAACUUCAGUUGGGAUGUUUACAUCCACACAAUCACGGAUAAGGCUAACAAGAUGCUCGGGCUGCUUAAACGAACUUGCCCUCUUUUGAGAGACAAAACAGUACGACGAAGGCUGUAUCUCUCGCUUGUUAGAUCUCAGCUAUGUUACGCUAGUGAAGUUUGGUCUCCACACACUGUCAAACUCAAGUCUAGAGUCGAAAGCGUCCAAAGAAGAGCAACCGCGUGGAUACUACAAUCCAAGCAUGGCGAAAUGACAUACCAACAACGGCUAAUGAAUCUCAACCUGCUCCCCCUCUGCUAUGA